GCUAGAGCUUCAGAGACAGCCGCCAUAGCCACGGACAAGACGCACUUCCUUGCUUGACACAGGUUCUGAUUUUUAAACCGGCAAGGUUUACGUUAAAAUUGCUUUUUAUUACUAGAGAUUCGAGAGUUUAUUCCCUUUGUUCAAGGAUUUAGUCUGGUAUUUUAUCCCUUCUCUUUUUCAUAAACUUAUGGAUUCUACUUUGAUUCGUUCCACUUUUUAUUUAACCAUGUCUUAUAGUAGGUUUAUUGUUAGGUUGUGAAAUUUUCAAUGCAUGCAUAAUAUGUCAUUCUUAUAUAUAAUUGACCGUAAUAGGUUUAAGUUAUUCACCUUUAUUUUUUGUUUGAGAACAACGACAAAUGCUACAUCUUAAUAUAUGAACCAAAAUUUGGUAAGUUAUGCAUUGUAUUUGUAACCAACGAAAGUUGAGUUGAAGAGUAUAGUAAACCAUUUUAACUUAAUCGACCUCAUGGAUAUACAUAUACAUUUCGUAAUAACAAUUGAAAGUUUGAAUUAUUAUUUUUUUUGAAUGAAUGUAAAAUUUAUUCAAACCAAAAAAACUUAUUUACAUCAAGUCCAUCAGUUUUUCUUUGUAUUUAAAGAAUCAACAAGAAUACUAUAAAUAAAAGAAUUUAUCCAGCUCCUCCAUUUGUUUCUUGUAUCCAAAAACAAGUGCUCAAUCCUUCAUCAAGAUACUUCUGGCCCUUUUUUUUCACUGAAAGCAACAUGAGUCUCAUUGUCUUGUCCACAAACCUGAUCAAGCAGCUAGUAUCUUGUGGAUGUUCUCCAUGCCUUCUAGCAUUGCGUUCUCUCCAGAUUGUGUGCAUUGUCGCUUGUAGAGCAUACCGAAAGAUAAAAGUCUUUGUUGGGGUGAGUCUCGGGUUGGACAUGAGCAGUUUGAGCGCAUUCCAGUCUGUGGUGAAAUCGUCGAGCAAGAGACCUCCAAUCAGCCUUCUCCAUAUAUGUCUCGAGUAUUGACAAUCAAAGAAAAAAUGGCAACAAGAUUCAUGCUCUUCAUUGCACAAAACACAAAUUGUGUUGAUUGCGACGUUCCAAUGUUGCAUUUUAUCAGCUGUUUGAAGUCUGUCUCGAAUAGCUACCCAAUGAAAGUUUGAAUUUAUUGAGUUGUUAAGUAUAGUGAUUGGAACCACGAGAAUUAAAAUGUCAUAUAAACGUAUUUUGAAUUUAAGAACCUAUUCAAUGAACCUUGAGUAUCAUUUAAGCAUGUUUAUGGUAUUUUUUGCUAAAAACGUUAAUAUCAUAUAAAUGAAAUGUUAGGUGGUUGCAAAAUGAACACCUAAGGUUACAAGCUUCCAUGGUAAAAAAGAAUAAAAACAUGGGAAGCUAGAAGGAUGUGAACAAAUCAACUAAGCUAAACAGCCAAGUUAUGGACUUUACAAGUCUUUCAUCGCUUCACCUUUUUUACUGCACUAAGAGUCGCGUUCUUAUAGUUAUUUACUUUUCUUGCAUCAAAAAGGCUCACAAAUCUUUGCUUUGAUCUAUUUAACUCAAGUUUUAAAAAUUUAAGUGUAGAUUCCGCAAUUUUCAGUGGAUUGACACCAUAAUACUACAUAUUUUACUGCACACUGUUGGGCUCAAGACCGAGUUAAGAUAGAAUAUGGUCAUAUAAUCUAAUAGCUGAACCAAAAAGAUUACGUUAUCCAAACCAGUAAAUGUGAUAUGUUCCUUAUGAGGCAUUGAGGCUUAUUCCUUUUAUUUAUAGAUGAAACUUGUGCGUCUCCUCCCCUUAAAUUGACUCGAAUAAUAGGUGGAAUUCUUUCUCGGACCUGAACUAGGAAUUUUCAUCUGCCGUGCUGCAUGACUAAUCAUGUGGCAUCCGGUUUGGUCGAUCUUAUCCUUUCUAACCAUGUGCGCGCGGGUCGUAGUACAGUCCAUGCAAAAACAAUUCCAAAACUAACAUACCUCUUGUAAUCUAAAUUAAUACAACGUAUAUUUAUAUUUUUAGAUGAAUAUUAUUUUUAGGCUUUUAGCUGCAGAAUAAUAUUAUAAUAUACGAAAUCUUGUCAAACAAAAAAUAAUAAUUAUGUAAAUACUAUGACAAAGAUACAACCCUGACCCCAAAAAAGUAAUGAAUUAUUAGCCCAACCUAAGGAUUGAUCACAUGCAGAAUCUUAUCAUAAACUCUACUUAAUUACCCAAAUCUUAAUAUCUUAUCAAUUAACUUUUCAACUAACAAGAUAUUGAUACCCGUAUCUCAAUCUUUAAUCACGUAUUAAUCAUUAACUACAACUAAAUCCACGAGUAAACAAUUUGGCCAGUAAGGAUGUUCAUGGAAAUAAAAAAUAUUUGGCCAGUAAGAGAUAUGUGUCGUAUAUAUCCGAAAUUUUGUAUGUUCGCUGUUUUUAUCAAAUGACAUUUUGUAAGCUUGGACCCAAUCGCAAACUCGAUGAUAGUCAUGGUAUAAAAGAAUACUACUACAAAAGUCACCUAAGUUAUACUCUGUAGAAUUAAUCUGCGUAAUUUCGUUAUUAUGUUUUCGUCAAAAAGUUGUUUUAUGGUAUAUUGUCAUGGUAUAUAACUAUAUAAUAUGUCUAUUAAAAUUGACCCGUCCAAGGAAUAAGUCAGCAGAACCCAGCAAUUGCAUGGGACUCGAGACAGUAGCCAUUAGUAGUUUUUCUCUUAGUUAAUUAGCAUAAUAUUGUAGUUAGCUUGCAUGGUACAAUUAGUCGUAGCACCUUUUUGAGCGUCAAGAUAGUAUUAAUUAGCCUAUUAGGCUUCGUGGAACGAAGAAACCGAAGUUUUUUUAGGAACAACUCUUGUUUACUAUAUCGAUAAAAUAACCUAUUCCAGCUAUACAUAUUGGUCAUCACGAGUACUGGUCAUCACUGAAUAUAAAAUACUAAUUUCAAUAAUAUUUCGAACUCAUCCACCUAUAUAGAAAAGUAUUGAACUCAACUCCAUAACAAAUUCAAACUCAACCACAAAACAACAUUUAUAUUUAGUUUCAAAAAAAAAAACAACAUUUAUAUUUUUGUAAGUUCCGUUUAGAAGGAAAAUAAAGCUCCUUUGACCCCGGCCCAAAAGAAAAAAAAAACUCUUCAACAAAAUAUUUUGUGAAAAACAACCGAGUCUUUCUUGGUAAUAAUCAACUACGCUAUUGCAUCAAACGUUUAAAAUUUGACAAAUAAUUAAAAGAACAAGAUCUUUAUAACUUAUUCAUUCUGAAAACUUUCACAACACUCUCCUUUUCGAAAAUUUAAAUAAUAAAACUAAAAAGAUAGGGUUCCAUUAGAAAAGGUACACCAACUCGAAACAUUCCACGUUCAAGAUGUAUCCACCAUUAGCCUGUAAUAAACUAAUAAUCACCUUUAUUCAUAAUCACUGGUUAUAAUUAUUAACUUCAUGGUUCAAUUAUUUGCAUGAAUCAUUCUCAUGACGAAGAUACGAGUUAGGUUUGGUACCGUAUAACAAAACAAAAUGCAGAUUUCUGGGCAAUUAAACAAUUAAUUGGCCACCAAAUUACGUGCUACCAAUCAAAUCUCUUCAGAUUUGAACAGUAUCAUCUAAUGGUUCCCGAAUCACAAAAUAAAGGUAGCUAGUGGCCGCAUUAUGUUACUUGUAAAUUUUUUCAUUUUUCAUUUUUCAUUUGUAUUUAGAAUAUAUGUUCGAAUUAGUAGUUUCUUAAUCAAGGUAUAUAUAUUAAUACUUUUUGUUAAAAGUUAUUUCAGAAUUUAAAAUUUUACACUAAUAAAAUUUCACAUCUGAAAACUUUAAUAUAGAUUUCUUACAAUUUAAAAUAAUUAUUAAUAACAUUUAAUCGAUUUAUGUUUCUACUUUGAAAAUUAAAUAUCGAAACAAUUUAGUAUUAAGAGAUUCACUUGAAAAUGAUGGUGUUCUUGUAGUUUUCAUCCAAAUUCCAAUGAACCAUUUAGUCAAAUGUAAAUGUAUUGUAUUUGUACCUAUAAAAUUUUUGUGUAUGCCUACACAAGAUAUAGAAGAAUGUGCGUUCCUACUAGCUGGGGAAGAAAUAGUUGUCAUAAUAAAGUUUUCAAUUGUUUUUAUCUUUCUUUCCUCUAUAAACAUUUCUCAAUGCUUUUAAAAUCUAAUCAAAUUUUUAACUAUACAUCAACGAAUAUCAUGUACUGUUCAGACAUUUAAACAUAAUAACUAUAUAAGCACGUAUCUUCGACGACUAAUGUUUUAUAACAUUAAUCAUCUCUCUCUCCCUCUCUCUUUCCGCCAUUUUUUUUGCUAAAUACAUUCCGCCAUUGUUGGUGAACAAGUUCAGUUUUAGUCCAAACUACAGUCAAGAUUGCUGGUUCGUGUUCUUACCUAUAUAUCAUAUUAUUUUUCAAUAUUUUCCUUUAGAUCUACAUAAUAUAUAGUCUUGUAUAUUCUUGUGUUUUUUCUAUAUACAUGAAAAAAAGAUAUAUAGGUAUGAAACCAAACGCAUGUAUUUUGCCUUUACAUAGAAAAGUGUACAAAUUAAGAAUGAAAACCACAUUAUAUAUUAUAAGUACAUAAGCAAUUGAUGAAUGUAAUGUUAAUUCAUUGCUUGUUGAAACUUGAAAGAACUACAAUGUAUUUAAGCAAAAAAAGAAGAAGAAGAACUACAAUGUACCUCUGCUUCUUAUCUAUUGACUCCGUAAUCCCAACGCGACCAAGCUUCUAGGUUCAAUAUCAUUUCUUACUAUUUUCAUCAUGAUCAUUGUUGUCAUAUUUUGGAACCAGUAAACCAACAACUCGAUUCUUUCAGAAUUUUAAAUUCAAAACUUUCCAGUCCUUGUUACAUCAUGCGAUCAUCGUAUCAGAUAAUGCCCAAAAUGUAGCAAUCUUGAUGGUCUCAGAAUAUAUAAUGAUUCCGUCCAAAGAUCUCCCUGAUUAAUUUUCUCCUCGUCCUGUAACACGAAAAUCAAAACGAUUUAUCCACACGUGUACAUUUUCUAAGAGCAUUUUCAUUCAUUUUUUUAAUUUUUGCUUCAUUUUUUGCUCCAUUAGUGCUUCAUUUUUUUUUUCUUUAUUUUUUGAAGAAUUGAAUAGUAAAAAAUGAAUCACUAUUGGAGAUGUUCUUAGAAAAUGUGAAAAAUACUAUUCACUUCUUCAUUUUUGAAGAUACAUUUUUUAACUACAGAUUGGUUUCUCAACUUUAACUUAUUCUUAGUUUUUACUUAAAUAAACUAUAAAAGUUAAUAUUACCAACUUACUUUUAAAGUUUUUAUUAUUAUUUUUAUUCAAUCAAUUUAAAAUAUUAAAUAUACUAGAAACAUGUUUUUUUACUAAUAUUUAGAUGAAACACAAUUACAUAAAUAAUAUAGAAACUCAAAGACUUGAUAAACAUCAAUUUAAAUAUAUAAAUAAAAACUUAGCACAUCAUAAACUAACACUUAAUAAUCUGGUAAAUUAUUUUUAGAUUCACUAAGAUUGUUAAAAUAUUGUCCAAAUGAAGUGGCUGAUUGAGAAGGCUGUUGAGCUUGUUGUUGUUCACUCAUUUCUAUUAAAAUUCGAAUUUGCUCAGAUUGAAUGUAUGCACGAACAUUAGGACUUUAUAUGGAGUUCAAAUCACGAAAUAAAAUUUUGUCUCUUCUUUAAACUUUUUCAAAGCAUAAUUCUUGUUUUGAAUCUUCAAAUGUUGCUAUCUUUGUGCGCUUGUUUUUUCUUAUUUCUCUAAUAGUUUUUUAUUUCCUUCUUCCAAGGUAUUAAUAACAAGCGAUACCAUUGGAGAUGUGUACUAAUUAUAUUGUAUGAUAAUAUUUAUUUAAUAUUAAUUAGCAAUUGUGGUGAAAUAUUAUUAAAAUAAAAUAUUUGGGUAAAAUUAGUAAAUUAGCAAAAGUAAAAGAUGCUUUUGAUAAAUAAUGAUAAAACAAAAAAAUAAUAUACUUAAAAUAUUCCUUUUUGAAGAAAAAAUAAAGUAAACUAUUGAAAAACAUGCUUCUUCAUUUUUUGAAAAUCUUCAUGUUUUGAAGAAAAAAAUAAAGUUUACCAUUGGAGAUGCUAAUAGUUCAUUUCACUAUUUUACUUAAAGUUACUUGUCGGAAAAAGAUAAGUAUAUAAAAUAAUAGAAUUUAAUUAUAUAAAUUAUGAAAUCAUAAGUUUAUUUUAUACUCUAUAUAUAUAUAUCAAAUAUAUAACUUUUGUUUGUAAUUCAUAUUCCAUCCAAUUUUUAUAUAAUAUCAAAAAUGAUAAACAACCUUAAUAUCAAUCUUAUUUGAUAUUCAAGUUAGAAAAUUAUGAAGAUAAUAUGAUAUAUAUGUAGAUGAUGAUGGGUCAUCAACUUCUUUAUAUAUAUAUAUAACUCACAAAGAAAAUAAAUAAAAGUGUAUUAGUUACAUAAGAGAAAAAGAGAAAAACAAAUUUCCAAAAAAAAAAAAGAUAAAAACAAAACAUCUUUAUUUCUUUGUUUGCAAGAGGACAAACCGAUGUCAGGAGAAAUAAUGGUACGAAUCUUCCAAGAAAAUGAAAUGUCUUCCAUAUAGUGUAAUAAUAAUACUCAAAACAGAGCCAAUGCACUGUCUUUUACUUUUCUUAUAGGAUCAUAAAUGUUAAAAAAUCUAGGGUAGACAAAUAUACGUUUACAAAGAUUUAUAUAUAUAUAUAUAUAUAUAUUACUCACCAUUGCAUAAUUUUUUAAUUGAAAUAUUAAAAAUAAAACAAGGCAAAUAUCCCACUCAAAGAUUAUACGUUUACAAAGAUUUUUUUUUUUUUGCUGUUAAAAAAAAAAGCAAGGCAAAUAUUAUAUCCCACUCAAAAAUAUAUUCCGAAAACUACAGUGAAUUAAAAAAUUCUAAACUACACGAGUUUUCAUAAUUUUGAAUUAUUUAAAACUUUAACAUAAUUAUGACAUAAAAAUAAUAUUGGUUAAAAACUAUUAUGACAUGUUUUUAUUAUAAAAUGGCUUAAGUUCUUUUAGUUAAAAUCUAAAAAAAUAACUAAAAUUUAUUAUUAGUUCACAAAAAAAACUAAAAAAAUAUUAAAAUAAUGUAUUAAUAUAAUUAAAAGUAAGAAACUUUGAUGCUCUUUUAACUCUGGGAUUUGUCGACAAUCGGCUCUUCUCGUCUGUUCUGCACACCAAACACGAAUCUGAUCCAAAAGGUUAACACUUUAUUAUCGCCGUUUGUGUGCAGAGACAUAACUCGAAACCAGAACACAACAGUAAAAGAGUCUGAGAGAUUGGUCGGGUAGGGAGGGAAAGAGGUUUUAAUUGUCUCCUGUCUCCUUUCUCGCGGCCACUUCGCCGCCAAGCCUCUGAUUGGGCCGCCAUUGAUGAACCCAGCCAGACCCAGUCACAGACAUAACGUGAAUGUUCUGUCCAUUUCAAUCUUCCCUUUAUAUUAUUAUAUCUCACACGGAGACACUUAAAAAAAAAUAACAAACUUUAUUCUCUUGCUGGAUCUUGAAGAUACCAAAACUCAAAACCCGACCCAGUUCCUCGUCGGCUAAAAACAUCGUUUGACUUCUUGUUUUGUUGCGUCAUUGCUUCUUACGGAGUCAAAGGUUGGAACAUUGAGGGAUUCACGGUCCGUGAACCGUGUGGAAGCUACAAGAAGAGGUUCUAUAAAGAAAAAAGAAACAAGCUUUUCAGUUAUUUGUUGUGAUUGAGAUGAAGAGUGUAGAAGUUGAUGAUGAGUUCUUUGAUUCAUCUGAUGUUUUGUCCGUUGGACAAGUAGAGGAAGAAGAGUUUCAAGUUUGGUCGUGUGAGCCGGUUAGUGUUGAGGAACGUCGUCAACGGUUCCUCAAGAAAAUGGGUCUACUUGAGGAGGAGAAGGAGAGGAUAAAUGAUGACAGCGACGAGGUUACUACUAGCUCCUCAGAGUCAUCGUGUGGUGAGUGUUGCGUUAGGGAAGAGAACUACGGAUCAACCAAUUCAAUGUCUGAUGAGGAAGAGAAUGAAUCAGAACAAACCUCAAUGUCUAAUGCUUGUUCAAGUCCAUCUCCGAGUUUGAGAAAAAAGAUGACUGCAAAUAAAUGGUUAUUCGAGUGCUUCGUGGGAGAGCGUGAAUACAAGCCCAAGGAAGAAGUGAUGAUGAGCAAAGUGAAAGUGAAGACUAACAAGAAGAGUCAUGUGGAGUUAUCCGCAGCGUACAAGGUGCAAGAGAUUAAUGGACACAAAGGGAAGAUUUGGGCGUUGAAGUUUAGUCCUGACGGUAAGUUCUUAGCAACGGGAGGGGAAGAUGGAGUUGUGAAGAUAUGGAGAAUCACGUUAUCAGCUUCUUUCGUCGGACAGGAGCUAAUGAGGGAACAAGAAGCGUUGGUUAUGUUCCCUAACAAAGCUUUUUAUCUUGAGGAAACACCGUUUCAAGAACUCUAUGGUCAUACCGGUGAUGUCUUGGACUUGGCAUGGUCAGACUCAAAUUUACUUCUUUCAGCUUCUAAAGACAAGACAGUUCGGUUAUGGAGAGUUGGUUGUGAUGAGUGUCUUCAUGUCUUUCAUCAUAACAACUACGUGACGUGUGUUCAGUUCAACCCUGUGAACAAGAACAACUUCAUAAGCGGUUCCAUAGAUGGCAAAGCUCGAAUCUGGGGCUUAUCUGAACAGAGAGUCGUCGCUUGGACCGAUGCUCGUGACUCCAUUUCUGCAAUCUGUUACCAACACAACGGCAAUGGAUUCGUCGUUGGUUGCAUCACCGGAGAUUGCAGGUUCUAUCGAAUCUCAGGUGACGAAGUGUUAACGGAGGAGCAGAUUCAUAUCAGGGGGCGAAACAGCAUCACCGCCGUGGAGUUUUGUCCUGGAAGCUCCGAGAAAGUUAUGGUAUCUUCAGACGACUCGAAGCUCCGGAUCUUUGAUAGAUCACAGAUCCUUCACAAGUUCAAAGCUUCGGCGAAGUUUGGGAAACAAUCGUCGGCGUCGUUUGUUUCUUCCGCCGGGAAACAUAUUUUAUCAGUGCGACGAGGCCACGGUGUCUUCCUCUGGGAUAACGAUGGCUUUCCGGCGAAGAAACAAGCGACGACGUCGCGCUCUUUCGAGUAUUUUAACUCGCCGGGCGUUUCCGUCGCGGCGGCUUGGUCUCCGACGGGAAAGGAAGUGUCGGUCGUGGCCGGAGAAGAGGACGAAUCUCGGAGAGCGUUGAGACAGAUUCAGAACUCCGGGAGAUUGUCUCGCUCCUCUCGUGUGACCGCCACGUGGCCUGAGGAGAAGCUUACGUCCUCGUCCUCCGUAGGCGGCGCGUGGAGACUUGUGAUUGUUACGGCGAGUUUAGAUGGGGUGAUUAGGACAUUCCAUAAUUAUGGACUGCCACAUAAAUUGUAGAAAUGUAGAGGUUUCGAUUGUAAUUUCGAAAACAUAAAAAUGAUUUAGAAAUUAGUAAAGCUGACAUGUGGAUACCAUUGUGGGCAACGUAAAACAACUGUUAAAAAUAAGAUUUUAAUGUAAAAAUAUUUAAAAGUAAAUAUUUAUUUCGUUUUUAAUU